AUAGACCACCGCGACCGGCAGUGGUGUAGUGGUGUAGUUGUACGGCCAUAUUGUGUUCUUUACCACGUAAGAGUGCAACGUCUGGAAUAUGAGUUCCCUUAAAUUGCAGAAGAGGCUUGCAGCCUCUGUUAUGAGAUGUGGCAAGAAGAAGGUGUGGCUUGACCCUAAUGAAAUCAAUGAAAUUGCAAACACUAAUUCAAGACAGAACAUUCGUAAGCUGAUUAAAGAUGGUCUUAUCAUCAAGAAACCUGUUGCCGUGCACUCCAGAGCACGCGUCCGCAAGAACACUGAGGCAAGAAGGAAAGGCCGUCACUGUGGUUUUGGAAAGCGGAAGGGUACAGCAAAUGCCCGUAUGCCACGGAAGGUGUUGUGGAUUAAUCGGAUGAGAGUUUUGAGGCGGCUUCUAAAGAAAUACAGAGAAGCAAAAAAGAUUGACCGUCACUUGUACCAUCAACUGUACAUGAAAGCUAAGGGUAAUGUCUUCAAAAACAAGCGUGUGCUUAUGGAAUUCAUUCACAAGAAGAAGGCAGAAAAGGCUAGGACAAAAAUGUUGAAUGAUCAAGCAGAGGCAAGGAGGCAGAAGGUGAAAGAGGCCAGGAAACGACGUGAUGAGAGAAUAAGUCAGAAGAAGCAGGAGCGUCUUCAGGCUUACCAGCGUGAAGAUGAGACAGCUGCUACAAAAAAGUAAUUUGACAUUGAGCUGCAAACAUUAUAUUUCUUGAUAAUUUGUGUGUUAAUUGCAGUGGAAAUAAAAACAAAAUUGAUAACUUGGUUCUAAGAGUCA